UCUUUCAUGUUAAUAAGCUCGAUCAGGUAAACUUGUCCUAUGAUACUUUCUGUUCGACAGAUAUUCUGGAAUGAAAAAAGGAAAUUAUAUUUUACCAUAUAAACAGUUGUGGACAACUUUUCUUAAAAAAAGGAGGUCAUGGCAUCAAGUAAACCUGUACACUGCGGACCAUGUAACCAAGGUAAACAAGGUAUCAACAACACUAAGGCUGACAUCUGGUGUUACAACUGUGCUGAAGGAUUAUGCUUAACAUGUUCAACGGAUCAUAAAAGAACUAACUCAUCCUGUGAUCACAAGACCAUCGAUAUUCAAACCUAUAAAAGCUAUAAACCUCCAUUGGCUCUAUCAAAACAGAAUGUGACACACAUAGUCUAGAGUUCAACUUGUUCUGUCCAAGACAUUUAAUUCCUUGCUGUAAUGAAUGUAUUUCCACUAGUCAUUCGAAAUGUACUGGUAUACAAAAUUUAGCUAGUGUAGUGGAGAAAACAAAUAUUGCAAAAUCCAAAGAAUCUGUAGAAAAAGAUAUAAACUCAAUCGCACAUUUCUUGGAUGAAAUGGUUAACAGCAAAUCAGAGAACAUAAAGAGAGGAGAACAACAAUAUGAAAGUAUUAAACAAUCAAUGAGUAAAAUUCGAAAUGGAAUUAAUAAACAUUUAGACAAUCUUGAGGAAAAGUUAUGUAAAGAAGCAGAUACUGUAUGGAGUAAGGAAAAAUUAAAAUUAACAGGUUUAAUUACUGAAAUUGAAGAAAAAAUGAAAAAAUUACAGGAAAUGCAAGAUGAUUUAAAAACGGUUACAGAACAUACUUCAAAACUCCAAUCAUUUCUAGGAAUUCAUCUGAUUGAACAAAAAGUUCAUCAAUGUCAAAGAUAUAUUGAAGACAGUGAGAGAUCCAGUGAAGUUGACAUCAAACUAAAGCAAAAUAAUGAUGUAGAAAAGGUUCUAAGCAAAGUACAAUCAUUUAAAUCCUUGGGAGAAGUGAAGGUUGUCAAAAUAGAAAUAUCCUUGAAGAGGCAAACGAGUGUGAGUAGAGAAGCGCAAGUAAAUGCACAGCAACAAAUCAACAUAACCAACAUAACAAUGAACUUUGACACAAAAUGGUUUUUCAAUAUGAGGAAACAAAUUAGUGACAUGAUUUGUCUAAUGGAUGAUAGAGUAAUAGUAGUUGAACAGGGGGGUAAAGUUAACUUACUUACUUCUGAUGGCAAUAUACAGACACAGUUACCUAUAUCUGGUAAAGCCUGGGGUGUAACACAGAUCAAUCAUAACACUAUUGCCAUAACUUAUCCUGGUGAGAUUAAGAUCUUUGAUAUGAAGAAUAAAACAGUUACCAAAGUUAUCCAAUUACACAAAUCAUGCUUUGGUUUAUCAUUCGCCAAUAAUUGUCUUGCUGUAGGUAUGAGCAAGGAUGAAAUCCGUAUUAUACACUUGAACGGAAAUACACUGAAGUCAGUACAAGUUCAGAGUGAAUCACAACUGCAUCAUCUUGUUUACUGUAAUGACAGAGUAAUCUAUAGUGACUAUGUUAGUAAAGCAGUAUACUGUGUGGAUGGUUCAGGUCAACAGAUCUGGCAAUAUAAAAAGGAUUUAUUAGACCCAAGAGGACUUUGUACAGAUACCUGUGGUAACAUUUUUGUAGCAGACAAUAUAAUAACAGCUUUAUCAAAAGAUGGACAGAAUAGUCAAAAACUUGGCAGGCGUAAUGAUAAUUGGGGUUUCAUUAUGUGUAUUUGUUUUAACAAAAAUAAUGAAUCUUCUGGUUUUAUUAGCGACCACAAUGGCAUUAAAAUAACCAGAUUCAAUGUGUCCUAUGAUUAAAUAUGCACUGACAAAUGUGAGAACAUUACUUGACAAUGAAAUAACAAUGUAUAAUACAUAUUGUAGAAUUUAAUUUAGAUUAAUAUUAUGGUAGAAGCCAUAAAUUGAUGAAUAGACUUAUAUAGAAUAAUUUUAUAUUACCAGUCUGGUUAUUAUGAAAAUUAUAAUGGUACACAGAUUUGAAUAAAACACUGCAUAAC